AUGGCGACCGACUUCAGCAUCCUGACGCCUAAUGCCAUGCUGGGCUAUGGAUAUCGGCUGGAUCAUUUCUGGUACGGCAUUAAACAAUUCCAGCCGAAGGCUAUUAUCGUCGACAGCGGGUCAACAGAUGGCGGUCCAUACAAGCUUGGUCUCAACAAGAUGACUUGCGGCCGCGAGUCAUAUAUUCGGGAUCUCACGCCCAUACUGGAGGCUUGUUUCCAUUUUGGCAUUAAAGUGCUCAUCGGCUCCGUCGGUGGUGAUGGUAGCGACAAGCAUGUCCAGGAGAUGCUGGAGAUGGUGCAAGAGAUCGCAAAGAAAUACGGGUUCUCAUUCAAGGUCGCUACCAUCUCUGCCGGAAUUGGUCGUGAUUUGGUCAAGGACCGAAUUAGAAACAAAAAGGUGGGACCAUGUGGACCGGUCGAGGAAUUGACAGAAGAUAGCAUUGAUCGGGCCGUUGACGUUGUGGCCCAAAUGGGUGCUGAGCCAUACCUCAAGGCACUCGAGUCAAAUCCUGAUAUUAUCCUUGGUGGCCGUUCAUAUGACCCUGCUCCUUUUGCAGCUUUCUCUAUUAUUAAUGGAGCUGAACCAGGUGUCGCCUGGCACAUGGGAAAAAUCAUGGAGUGCGGUGGCAUCUGCGCUGUGCCCAAAGGUCGGUCGAUGAUUGCUACCGUACGAAAAGACUCAUUUGAUCUCACACCUUUAUCACCGCGAGAGCGUUGCACACCCUUAUCCGUUGCUGCGCAUACAUUAUAUGAAAAGACUCGGCCGGACAAAUUGCCCGGUCCCGGCGGGGUGUUGGAGCUGGACGAAGCUUCAUACGAGCAGUUGACAGAAAAGACUGUCCGAGUGCGCGGCGCACGCUUUGUACCAACACCAGUAUACCAGGUGAAGCUCGAAGGCGUCGAGAAGCUUGGAUAUAGGACCGUGUUCAUUGGUGGCAUUCGCGAUCCGAUACUCAUUAGCCAGAUCGACGAGUUUCUAGAGGAAGUUCGCGCAUACACUCAGAAUCUCUUUCCUGAACUGGAUCAAUCGCCUCAAUGUCGACUGAUUUUCCAUUUCUACGGUCGCAAUGGCACUAUGGGACCACUGGAACCCACCCCCACGGCUUCCCAUGAUCUGGGCAUCCUCGGCGAAGUGGUGGCUCCCUCGCAAGAGCUCUCACAUACCAUAGCAAACAAUGCUCGGGCAUCUAUUCUGCACAUGCCAUACGAGAACCAAGUUGCAACCACAGGCAAUUUUGCGUCACCACUAUCGCCGCACGAGCUUGCUGCUGGUCCUGUAUUCCGAUUCAACUUAUACCAUCUGAUGGACCUUCAAGAAAACGAACAAACCACUCUUUUUCCGAUUUCCACAGUCAGUAUGCAAAAUGAAGCCCAGGAUCGAGCGGUUCCAGGCCUCACUAAGGAUCAAUUGAUGCAGUUGGAGUCUGAAGCCUUAGCACCACUGAAAUUCAAGGCUGUUCCAUCCGAGGAAUGUACGAUGCUGGAAAUUGCCAAGAUCAUUCGGUCAAAAAAUUCCGGGCCAUUUGAACUGACGCUGGAUAUUAUAUUCGACACCAAGGAGGCAUACGAGCGGGUCAAAAAGUCAGGCAUCCUGACAAAUGAGCGCAUUAUGGAGCUCUAUCAUCUCCAGACAAGCGACAUUAUCACAAACAUGUUUUUUGAGCCAGCUUUGGCAUGGAAGUGCACGUUAAAACGACCGUGGGAGCAGGGAACGGUGGGAGAGCGAGAUACUCUGGGAACUCAACAACAUGCCCCGUUGCUCUAUAUAAAAGUUCCCUCAGUGAACUGA